UUGGUGGCCAGCUUUUCACCCGGGUGGAAAGCCGCAGCCAUCCAUCUCUGAGGUCGAUUUCUAUGCCUGGAACUUGUGUAGUAACUCAAGAUGUUACUGGAACUGUUAUCCCUGGGUAUUCUAGCGUCGGUGGCGGGACACUCACACGGCUUACAAAUUCAGCUACGAGAAAGCCAAGAAAGAUUGAAUCCGCACCUGGAGAGUUUUAUCUUCAAAAAUCGGCCAAGACCGCGGAGUUACCAAGUGCUACGGGGUUCACCCGCCGGUCUGCACCACCGAUGGAAGCGAGAAGGAAGUCACCCGGACUUCAGCGGAGGCGGUGAAGCCACGGGUGACAUCUCCCCGCCCACCGACCUCCCAGUCUCCAUACCCGUGUAUGGCGAUGACCUCAAUUUCAUCCUGACCAAGGUCAACAUCGCCGAUGGCGACUUGAAGCUCAGGAUUCGCCGAGAUGGCGGAUACGUCGAGGAAUUGGAAAACGAUAUGGACUGCAUUUACGCUAGUAAUGUCAGUAGCAACUGGAUGGUCCUGUCUACGUGUACUGGAGUGAAUGGAGUGUUCCACCACAAGGGAAUCCCCUACCAGCUCGAGCAAGUCGACCCCAGUGACCAGGGGGCACUCAGGCACAAGAGAGAUUUCGAGGAGCCGAUAUACGUGACCUACCCUCUCACUUCGCUGAUGAAUUUCGAUCCCAAAGGAAUGGAUUCCCUGACGCCCCCCGUGGCACUCCAGCGUCCGGUGGCUCCGGGAUUCGACUCAGGCAUCACCUUCCACCCUCCGGCGACCGGGAGAGGCAACAUCCGUCGAAAGAGACGUACGAAGGGGCCCUUCACAGUCGAACUCGCCGUCUUCGUGGACCCGAAACUCUACUCUUACAUCGGCAACCGGUACCCGGGCACGGACAAGCAGGUGCAGACCAAAACCAUGGAUAUUGUGAUGACCCUCGUCAAUGCUGUGCACCUCCUGUAUUCUGACGCCUCUCUUGGGAGCAGCCAAGUCGCCAUGAUGGUCAAGAGAGUGGAGAUAUUGGGCACCAGUACCCUGACCACCUCUAAGGGCAACAUCUACGAGUACCUGAAGGAUUUCUGCGCGUGGCAAUCCGACGAGAACCCGACUGACGCAAAGGGCAAGUGGGACCACGCCCUGCUCCUCUCAGGCAUCGACCUGUGGAAUGAUAAUCCGUCCAAGAACUCCACGGUGGGACUGGCCUACGUCGGCGGAAUGUGCAACUCCAUGUUCUCUUGCACGGUCAACGAGGCGACGACUUUCGCCGCUGCCUACAUCAUCGCUCACGAAAUGGGACACAAUUUUAACAUGGUUCACGACGGAAGCGAUCAAGCGUCCACGUGCAGCACAGAAAAGUACAUCAUGUCGCCUAUUAUGAGUUCCGGUGCCACCUCUUGGUCGCCGUGUUCUGUGCGCUCAAUCGAACGUUUCCUAAAUUCUUACGGGGAUUGCUUGGCCCCGGAGAAGACGUCAAAAAUCCGGGCAGGAGGACCCAAACACGACGGCGCCCUUCCCGGGAAGAGAUACGACGCAGACGAACAGUGCCACUACAUGUAUGGUAAUGGAUGGAAACAUUUCAAGAGCUCCAGAGAUGCCAUGUUUUCGAACGUCUGCCGUGAGAUCUGGUGCAGGAAAGGACGGCAGCUAAGGACACCGAGCGCGUCUGCCUUGCAGGGAACUUCCUGCGCUCCUAACAAGGUAUGCAAGAACAGCAAGUGCUUGAAGACGUCGAAGCUGCAGGUUAAGAACGGGGUGACGAAGAGGGUGAACAAGGCUAAGAAAGUGAAGAAGAAGAAGAAGAAGAAUAAAAAGAAGAAGAAAGGGAAGAAAGACCAGGUCAGCAUCAGCCUGAUAACGAGCAUCGACGCGGCUAGCACUGGUGUUUCCAAGAAGGUAAAAGCUAAGAAGAAGAACCAGCCAGUGACUAACGGCAACAAGGGCGCCGCUUCCACCCCACAGGGUAGCAACGGCAACACGCUUUCCACCACGAACGGACAGUCCACCUCUGUCAACACUAAGGUCAAGAUCAAGAAUGUGAGCAAGCAGAGGAAGCCCAAGAAAUUCAGGAGGAUAGAGACGAAAACUCACAUCAUCUUCAAGGAGAGGCUGAACUACGCCGGGAAAGGCUGGCGGAUCAAGACGAUCAGAGUGAAGAAAAAUAAGAGAAUGAUCGAGAGCGCCAAGAAGGUCAAGAAGAAGAAGAAGAAGAAGAAAAACAAAAAGAAGGUUAAGAAGAAUAAAAACACAAACAACAGUUUUAAUAAUAUCAACAGCGGUAAUAUCCAGAACGGAAAAGGGCCAAUGGUGGUGGCACCUUCCGUGCCCCCUAAUACUCCGGAGAACUGCAAGCCCAAGAAACUUCGCUACGUCGUAGGGAGAGGCUGGUGGGUCAAGGUGCCUCUCGACUGCGUUAAGUACGUCUCUGGUUAAUGAGUCACGUACCCUUCAAGUUAUGUCGGUCAAGACUUAAAAAUAAACUCGGUGACUGAAGAGAAAACUCGACAAUCGUUCAGGUAUUACUGGGUUGAGAAUCUCUGACUUGACGGUGAAGUUCUUAAAGAAAUAUUUGCAAACGCAAACCCCGAAUGAGUAAAGGGGGAUUGAUUUAUGUCGAAGCACGAUUGAAAAAUAGAUAACAGACAAUACGCGACAAUGAAGUGCUAGAAACGAACAUCGAUAAACAGGUCAGAUCUAUAGAAACGACAGAUAAACUGAAACAUUCAUUAAAAAAAAAGAAGAGCAAAAAAUAAGAAUUAGUAUUACUGUUAACAGACACUCAUUCUGCAAAGCUACAGUGAAAACGUGUUUCAAAUUCAAACCACAAUUUUGUCAUGGGAUUAUUUUGCAUGCAGAUUUGUCAACAUCUUUAUAUAUUCUCUCCCUUUCCUCUGCUGUUGCUCUUCCGACAAACAAUGUAGUGAUAUGAUCUAUUUUUACUGGAAAAAUUCUCGCUGUAGGUGUAAGUCCUUAUUAAUAUUAUUAUAUUAUUACUAUAUUGCAUUUUUUACUUUUUUUACAGUUUCGUAAUUUAUUGUGUUAACUUAUUAUUGCAUUUACACUGAUGAUAAGUAUAGUGGGUAUAGUAGUGGGGAAGUUUGCGUAAAAAUUUUAUUUUGAUCUUGGUGUUUACCGUUGAUUCUGCAUUUAGACUGCCAUUUUAUUUUUUUAACUAUAAGAUGCCAUCGUCUGACACUCAAGUGGUAAUGAUAUCGAUGGGUGUCAUUUCCGGCUAAUUUGGUUUGUAUCGUAUAUCUUCCCUCACUGCCUCAGUACAAAUAUAGGUUUAAGGUUUACGUAAUGCCCUCUCCCGAACUUUCAUUCAUUCACAAGAGUGUAUUCGAGACCACAGCA